GAAUGGCCGACAGUCAUGGCCGACGAAUAUUCUUAUCCUCUGCUCGUUGAGCUCGAAGAAAACAACUUACCAAGAUUAAAAACUAAAUUAGUUAAGUACUUUCAAAGUAAGAAAUCUAACGGCGGCGAUUGUGAAGUUGACUACGAAAAUGGCAGCAGGACAGCGGUGCUGCGCUUCCGCACAGAGGAGGACCAGCAAAAUGUUUUGAGGAAAGAGGCGCAUCAGAUCAGUUUGGGCAAAUGCGUUCUGAAGAUGACGGUUCGCUUACCUCCAGAUGAGAAAACAGCACAGGAGGGUCCAUCUGAUAACCUCAACAAGAAAUUGGGUGCUGCUGUGAAGAACAAACAGUCAAGUGCCGAUGAGCUCACACCUGCAGCUGAAGUUCAGACAGAGGCAAAAGGCAGAGGCGACAUUACAGCAGAUGAAGAGCAGUGCACCACCUCGGCUGUUUUAGGAAAUAUUCCAGAGAGGUUAAGCCAGGAGUUUUUGGUGAUGCUGGUAGAGAACAUUUUAAAGGUUCCCGACUUUCCAUCUGCCUCCCAGAGGUUCACUUUGGAAGUCAUACCUGGCAUCUCCACUGCUGUGGUUACAUUCCAGAGUGGAAAAGAAAACACUGACUUUGUGACAAGAUGUCCUCAAAACAGGAUGUUUGCAAAUAAAGGAUUAUCAGUCCGGCCUCUUGAAGUCACAAAGCAAGUUGUAGUUGAAGAAAUACAAAAUUUUAGUGAAGAUCUCCUCCACCUGUAUUUUGAGAACGAAGCUGGUGCUGUUGAAAAUAUCAUGGUUAAUGAAGUGGAACAGUCUGCCGUCAUCACAUUUAACGACCAUAAAGCUGUUCAGAAAAUCACGAAGAAGAAGCAUCAUAUCAAACAGGAAGAGAUCAGAGUUUAUCCUUUAUAUAAAUCUUUGGGAACAGCCCUCUAUGGCAAAGACAGGCUUUCGCUAAAACUCCCUGCUGCUAUCUCUGAACCCAUUGACAAUGCUCUCUGGAGAUACCUAAAUGACAAUCAAUCAGCAGCAGAGACCAUUCACAAUGACUUAGCUAAACACUUCUGCAACGUAAACCUUGACCAGUCUACUGUGUGCUUGAGCCCCGCCUCCUCACUACUUCGGCAAAAGGAUGCCAAAGCCAUCAUCAAAGAGUGGCGGGAUACUGUGAAGGCAGCCUUUGCACAAACUGUGUCAAAAUUCAAAUCGCUGAAGUUUCAGCCAGAGUCAGAGGUAUGGGAAGAGUCUGAGGAGAAAAUCAGACAGACACUACAGAAUAAGGAUGUGGUUUUCGUGCCCAAUAAAGCCAGUGGUGUCUUAUCAGUGGUUGGCCUUGUGGAUGAUAUCAACAGACUCGAGCAAGCUCUUUGUGAAGUCAUGACCAAGAUUUUCAAAAGGGUGCAGAGGGAGAAAUCAAGCAUAACCCAAGUGAUCAAAGUUUCACCAUCGGUUUUCCACAUACUAUGUCAAAAUGGUCUUCAGGACACGUUGCUCUGUGUGUACCCAGAACUCAAAAUGUCAUUCAGGAAAGAGAGUCUGGAUUUGACAGUAAAUGGCUUGAGUGAUGAGAUUUUGGCAGCAAGCAGAGUCAUAUAUGAUGCAAUUUUGGCAUUAAAACGACAUAAUUUAGAAAUAGAUACAUUUGUGCUUGAAUUGUUGAAAGAUGAAGAACAAGAGGAGCUUACAAAUGCUCUCUUCACAUCAAUUGGAAUAAAUGCAGCAUUUGAGAUAAAUGCACAGAGGGUGCAGCUCCUUGCUGUCUCUGAUAGAGAUCUGAAAGAUGCUGAAGACCAUCUGGGAAGGCUGCUGACGUCUCAAUAUAUUGAUGUUGAAGAUAUUAAUGUCCUGAAGAAGUCAGAGUGGCAGGAUCUGGUCAGUCAAUUAGAGAACGCCAACAGUAAGUCAUGCAGGAGACUUCGAAUCCACAUCACUGGUCAACAAGUCGUGGUCUCCGGCCACAAGGAUAGUGUCAUAAAAGUUAGCAGUGAGCUUGAUGACUUUUUAAUGCAAAAUGCUCAAGUAACAGAAACGGUUGUGGUCAAGCAUAAUGCCAUCAUUGAAUACAUUCAAAAAUCCAACAUAUCUUGUUUGGAGCAAGUGAAAGACAAAGUGGUGGUGUCUUACAGAAAAGAGGCCAUCUGUCUAAGUGGUUGUAGAGUUGAUGUUGCAAAUUGCAAGACCUCGGUUGAGGCCUUGGUCCGUUCUGUGUUCUUUGAAAGUUUAAAAGUCUUCAAGCCUGGAGUGAAGAAGUUGUUCCAGGAUAAAGAAGCUAUGUAUGUUUCCUCACUGUUGAGUGAAACUGGCUGCUUGGUCCAACUGGUUGAUGAGACUAGUGGUGGACAGGGUAACUUGGCCCAACAAGUGCCAAAUGCAGUGUAUCAGCUUCAGACAUCUGAUGGAGUGGAAAUAGCUGUUUGCAAGGCAGAUAUGUGCAGUUACCCAGUGUAUGCAGUUGUCAAUUCUUCUAAUUGUGACUUGAAACAUAAUGGAGGUCUUGCAGGAGCCCUUUUGAAUGCUGCUGGCCUUCAGCUGCAGGAUGAAUGUGACAAAAUAAUUAACUUGAAGGGACAGCUCAAGUCUGGAGACUGUGUCAUAACUGAUGCAACGGGGAAACUUUGUUGCAAAAAAAUUAUCCAUACAGUGGGACCCAACUUUGAUCCAGCUAAACCCCAGAAGGCUCUAGCACAGUUGAAAAGAGCUGUUAAAAGAAUCUUAGAAUUUGCUGAAAAGCACAGCUGCAUCUCUGUGGCUCUGCCCACCAUCAGCAGAAGCAAAGGAUUUCCUCUCAAUUCAUGUGCUGUAACCAUCAGCAAAGCAGUAAAGGAAUACUGUGAUGAGAGGUACGAUGACACCCUGAAGAAGAUCCAUUUUGUGAACAAUGAUGACACUGCUGUUCAGGCUAUGGAGGCAGCUGUCAGACAGGAGUUCGGAAAUGAUGGUGUUAGUCUUUCUCAACAAACUCUUGGUACCAAAGCCACCACGUUUCAGCUUGUGAGACAUGCUGGACCUGCUGGACCUGAUCCAAACUGCUUGGGUCAAGUGAAGACCAAAGAGGGCUUGGAUAUCACUCUUACCAAAGGAAAAAUCGAGGAUGCCACGACGGAGGUGACCGUGAAUACUGUGUUUGGAGAUCUUGCACUGAAUAAAGGGGCAGUUUCAAAUGCCAUCUUGAGUGUGGCUGGACCCAAACUUCAGCAGUUGGUAAAUGCAAAGAAUGCUAGUGGAAAUGAUGGUGAGGUCAUUGUUACUGACGGCUGCCAUCUGAAGAGCAAACAAGUCUUUCAUGCAGUUGCACCUCAAUGGGACAAUGGACAAGGCACAGCUGAAAAGACCUUGAGUUCCAUUUUCAAGGAAUGCUUGUACAAGGCAGAGGAUACUGGUCUGAUUUCCAUAUCCUUCCCCGCCAUCGGCACUGGAAACCUGGGUUUCCCAAAAGACCUUGUAGCCUCUUUGAUGUUGGAUGAAAUCUCAGCAUUUAGCAGUAAUAAACAACGUAAGCACCUGAAGAAGGUUGUUAUCGUCCUUUACCCAGGAGAUGCACAGACUAUCCAGGCUUUUAGUCAAAAAUUUAAGAAGGAGUUCCCCAGUGCCUCAGGUGGUCCAGUGUCCAUGAGUUCCCCGCAAAGUCCAGGUUCCUUCUCUAAAGUUGUCUCGAGCUCAGGAAUGCAUGAGACCAAAAUGGGAAGUGUGGCUAUACAGGUGGUCACAGGAGACAUAACCAAGGAGACCACUGAUGUCAUUGUCAACUCCUCCAAUGAAACAUUCUCCCUUAAGUUAGGAGUAUCCCAGGCCAUUUUGGAUGCAGCUGGUCAGGCUGUUGAAGAAGAAUGCCAGAUGCUUGGUGCCCGAUCUAAAACAGGCAUGAUAAUGACCCAGCCAGGUAACCUAACGUGUAAGAAGAUCCUCCACUUGAGUGGACAGACGGACCCAGUAAAAAUCAACUGGACUGUGAAAGAAGCUCUCCAAAUGUGUGUGAAAAACUCAUACACCUCAGUGUCAUUUCCUGCCAUUGGCACAGGUCAAGGCAAUGUAGAUGCAAGGCAGGUGGCAGAUGCCAUGUUGGAUGCAGUGAUUGAUGUGUUGAGCCAACGCACUUCGGGCCCCCUGAGGACAAUUCGGAUAGUUAUUUUCCAGCCACCAAUGCUGAAAGAGUUCUACAACAGUAUGCGUCAAAGAGAAGUCACUGAUCCUAAUGAUAAAGGCUGGGUCUGGAGAAACCUCCCCAACAGAAUCAAAUCAUUCUUUGUUAGUGGAAGUGCUGGCGAGCCACAGAAAGACAAAGAUUUUGUUAUUGGUGCUCUGAAAGUAGACCCAACUUGCUUCCACAUCUGCGGCAACUCACAGGCUAAAGUAGACUCAGCCAAGCAGUGGAUCAUGGACCUGAUAACCAAAGAGCAAGACACCUUCAAGAUUUCAGACCCCGUCGUCCUUAGCCUCUCUGAUGCAGACUACCUGCAAAUUGUUGACAUCCAGAAAACCAGGGGCGUGAGUAUAACGACUGAAAGCAAGAAGGGCCAGGCCUCAAUAACCAUUGAGGGACUCAGCAAGGAUGUACUCACAGCCACCAGUGAGAUCAAUAACAUGCUGACAAAGACAAGGGAGGCCGAGGAGCUGAAGAGGAAAGUGGAGCUGGCAGGCACAGUAGUAGACUGGCAAUACCAACAGCAAGGGCUUCAGUUUCAGAGUUUUGAUUCAGUGACCAACUUCCAGCUCGAGGAAGCAUUGGAAAACAACUUACUAAAUGUAAAAAUUAAAGUCCAUGGUCAAGACUACACUGUCAACAUGCCGGACGGACCGGCCACUGAUAGCCAGGGACGUACCCUGCAGAUAAAUAGAAUCGACAAACUGAAAGUAGGUGAAGACCUUCCUCAGCAUUGGGAUAAUAUGCCAGCCAACACUUCGAGUCAGGCCGUCACCAUCAAGGCUGGAACAGCAGAGCAUACUGAAAUCCUGAAACUGUUCCAGGCCUCAUGCAAUCAAACCGUUAUUAAGAUCGAGAGGAUCCAGAACCCUGUAUUGUGGAGGAGCCUGGAGAUCAAGAAGCGUGACAUGGAGCAGAGAAACGGUCAUCAAAACAACGAGAGGCGUCUCUUCCAUGGCACCUGCCACACCACUGUGACCCACAUCAACGAACUUGGCUUCAACAGGAGUUACGCAGGAAAGAAUGCUACUUGUUUUGGAAAUGGCACAUACUUUGCCGUCAAAGCUAGCUACUCUGCCAGGGACACCUACUCCAUGCCGAAUCAAAAUGGGGAGAAGUGCAUGUACCUCUGUCGAGUACUGACGGGAGAUUACACUCUUGGAAAGCAAAACAUGAUCGUACCGCCAGCCAAGGGCCCCGUCUCCGUUCAGAAGUACGACAGUGUCGUGGACAACAUGGCCAACCCCAGCAUGUUCAUUAUUUUCCAUGACAGUCAGGCUUGUCCAGAAUAUUUGAUUACAUUCAAGUGACACAACUAUGCACUGAGAUAACAAAUGCAAAUGCUUUACAUUUUACACUGCCUUCCGAAAUUAAAUAACUCUUUGCUUAUCAUCAGCUUAUUAUGUAUUUGUUUACCCAUCUACUUAACAGAUUUUAUUUAACUGUACAGUUAGGGGAACCUUAAAACAAUAUAAACUAUUUCUUGGAUUAAAAGUAGUCAGUAAUGAUCACAAGGGUCAGGUAUUAGUCAUCAGACCCAUAUAGUGCCUUGUAAAUGUCUCUCUGAUCAUUCCAUAGAAUGAUCAUGCAAGAAGAAAUUUAACAAUGAUAGGAAAAGGACAGGGUUCCCAACACAGUUUUUUUUCUGUAUAUUAUGCACUGUGUAAUUGUCCUGAACAUUGUACACAGAGUUUAGAGGCUGACGGAAAUAACCUGUUCUCCUACCCUUUAUGUAUGUGUAAAUCAGGUUAGCAAUCACCUUUGGUUUUUAUAAGGAAAAAUGAAAGUUAACUGCUGUUCCAAUAAACAAGCCUUUACAAGUAAAAGUUACUAUGAGCACACAGAUAUGUUUUCUAUAAAUUUAAAGUUAAUUACUCAAGUUCUACAUUUGUUUCUAAUUUUUGUCUAUUAGAGCAGGAUAGACAGUAAACUGAGUAGUUUUCUUGAUUUACAGUCCACACAAAUGUCAGUUCAAUUUUUUGUCAAUUUCCUCUAAUAAAUGUACAGCACAUAGCUUUUCCAUCACAUAACUUUUAACAGCAGAGUGUACCAAACCCAUCAUGUUGAAAAUUGUCAACAAAUUCCACAUUGACAUAAACAAAGACAAAAAUAAGAAACAAAUAUACCCCAAACAGAUAAACCAAUAAAAGAGCCGGCUUGUUGCUCCGUAAACUUAUUCCAAUACAUUGACGUUCCAGCAUUAACCCAGUUCUUCAAUCAUGAAAAGAUUCCCAUCAUCCCUGUAUGAUAAUGUUGGCUAAGCAGUUUCCAGA